AAAAAACCAAUUAGGGCAACGGAAAACAUUUGACAAACAGAUCGAGGCUUCGCCACUCUCUCUCUCUCUCUCUCCUAAAAGAAGGUGCCUAUUCGUCUUCUGAUCUUCCAUCUUCGAUUUAGGGCAUUGACUCUCUCUCUCUCUCUCUGACACGCUUGUGUACAUAGUUCACAGUUUUUCCCGAAUGCUGCCACAUUGUAAGCUAAGGGAAACAGUUGAAUAUUGUCGAAGUUUGGAUAUAUUUACAUAGGAGAAUGGCAGAUGGAAUAUCAAGCUUCUGGUGUCCUGUCACAUCCACCACAGAGUGGUGUGAAAAAAAUUAUGUAUACUCUUCCUAUAUUGCGGAAUUCUACAACACCACAUCUAAUAUCCCAUGCAUUCUUUUGGCACUAAUAGGCUUAAUAAAUGCCUUAAGCCAACCGUUUGAGAAGAGAUUUAGUGUUCUUCAUAUAUCAAAUAUGAUACUAGCUAUUGGGAGCAUGUUAUUCCAUGCCACGUUGCAACAUGU